CCGAUAUCUUCGCUGCGGACAAGCGAGGUGCGGCCACGACCCUCUUCGCUGGUGCUCCCUUCCUUGGUCCAACCCUUGGACCCGUCAUCGGCGGCUUUCUUGGUGAGACUGCAGGUUGGAGAUGGGUCCAGGGGUUCCUGGCGAUAUUCACGGGGUUGAUCUGGAUCAUGGGAUGCUGUCUGGUGCCUGAAACAUAUGCCCCCUUGCUGCUUCGAAAGCGCGCAGAAAGACUAUCUAAGCUCACUGGCAAGGUCUACAGGAGCAAGCUCGACCUCCAACGCGGCCGUGUGUCCAUCAAGGAUGCGUUUGGUGCGGCCCUUCUCCGACCCUGGGUUCUUCUUUUUGCCGAGCCAAUCGUCCUGCUUCUCUCGAUCUACAUGGCUAUUGUGUAUGGAACGCUCUAUAUGCUCUUCGAUGCCUUCCCCAUUGUCUACCAGCAGCAGCGUGGAUGGAGUGAAGGCGUUGGAAGCUUGCCGUUCCUCGGCGUCAUGGUUGGCAUGAUGUCUGCUGUCCUUCUGAAUCUGUAUGACAACAAACGCUAUAUUCGCGUUCAUAAGAAGUAUAACGGUUUCGCCCCGCCGGAGGCUCGACUCCCUCCCACUAUGUUCGGCGGCAUUGCUAUCCCCAUCGGGCUCUUCUGGUUUGCCUGGACGGACAGCAAGAGUGUGCAUUUCAUGGUGAGCGUCAUUGCCUCAGCGCCAUUCGGAUUUGGAAUGGUCCUGGUCUUUCUAGGUGUCAUGAACUAUCUGAUCGAUGCAUACACGAUCUAUGCAGCGUCCGUUCUUGCGGCCAAUUCCAUCAUCCGGUCAUGUUUCGGUGCGGGAUUCCCUCUCUUCACGAUGUACAUGUACCAUAAUCUGGGCAUCCACUGGGCAACAUGUAUCCCGGCCUUCCUGGCGUUGGCAUGCGUUCCCUUCCCCUUUUUAUUCUAUCGGUACGGUUCUCGCAUCCGCAGACUGUGCAGGUACUCUGCCGAGUCGGACGAGUUCAUGAGGAAACUCGCGGAGAAGGCUACGACCCUGGAGGAAGAAGAAGAAGAGGAGGGAGGAAACGAGACAGAAAAGGCUGCCGAACCCGAGAAGGAGACGGAGGAAGAGGCGGCUACUCCCUACGCGCACGACCUGGAGGCAGAGUCCGCAUUGGGCAUGGUAUCUACUCGUACUUCAACGCGGUCUCGUGCGACACUUGAACGUGUCUCGACGACGUAUGAGGCGAGUCCAUUCGACAUUGAUCGUGUCAAUACAAGGAAUUCGGCCAUCACUCGGCGCUCGCGGUCACGGUCACGAUCGCGGUCGAGGAGUCGUCGGAAGCGCAUUCUCGGGUUAUGAGCGGUGCGUAUUUUCUGUUGAGAUUCAUUCAACCCGACAGACUUGUGUGUACCUUAGUAUAAUAAUAGGAUAUAAUGUGAAAUAAGUUUAUUGUACGGA